AUGGCCCCGAUCAAGCGAAAAGCUCGAGAAGAUAAUCCAGGCACACGGCCAGCAAAAAAGCAGCGAGCUUCUCCGGCUAUCGCUCUGCCUCACGCAGAGCCAGCCUUCCCUCGAGGUGGAGCAAGCGUCCUGACUCCAUUGGAACAGAAGCAGAUACAGAUACAAGCCCAUGAAGAUGUGUUGUUCGAGCAGAAAACCGGGAACAGAUCCCAUCGCGAAGACUUUGAUAACGCCGAAAAUGAGGAGGAUUUACCUACACAAAAACAAAAUGGCGUGCGAAAGCAGAAGAGCCGGCCAAAGUCGAAAUUAAAGAGACUAGACUCUAGCGCUGUGCUUGAAAGAAAAGGCGUCAGAAUCGAAGGGAUGAGCUACAAGCGAUUGGCGCCUGGAUCGCUCCUCCUGGGUCAAGUCAUCCAAAUCAAUCGUCAUGACAUCGCACUGAGUCUUCCGAACAAUCUCACCGGAUACGUUUCCUUUGCAUCAAUUUCGGACACGAUCAAUCGAAAGUUAGAGGCCUUAGCUGAAGAUGAGGAAGAAGAUGGAGAUGAGGAUACAUCAGAAGACAACGUGGAUCUACCGUCCAUGUUUUCCAUCGGCCAGUACCUCCGUGCGUGCGUACUAUCUACUGAAGAUGAGCGGCAUUCUACAAGCAAGGGAAAACGGCACAUUGGGCUCUCGAUUGAUCCACGGCAGGCAAACAAAGGGCUUUCACCGCCCAAUCUAGUCCCUCACUUGACGGUACAAGCUAGUGUUACAAGCGUAGAAGACCAUGGUCUUAUUAUGGACCUCGGGCUUGAGGAUUCUAGCGUGAAGGGCUUCAUGUCUUCCAAAGAGCUUGGGACCGAUAAAACGCUCUCAGAAAUUACUGACGGGGCGGUCUUCUUAUGUAUGGUGACUGGAAAGAGUGCCAAUGGCAAAACGAUCAAGUUAUCUAUGGAUCCUAUCAAGCUGGGCGGUGUGAAGAAAGGAGCAUAUUUGGCGGAUGCGCCAACGGUAGAUGUCUUCUUACCUGGUACUGCUGUUGAGCUCAUGGUCUCAGAGACAACGAAGUCGGGGGUAGCAGGCAAGGUGAUGGGCAUGGUAGACGUCACGGCAGACAUCAUGCACACUGGCGCAGCCUCGCACAUCAAAGACAUCGAGAAGAAGUUCCCCUCAGGCAUUAAAUUAAAAGGUCGUAUUCUCUGCACCUUUCCGACCUCCGAGGAGAUGAAAGUAGGUGUAUCUUUUGAGCAUCACAUCAUUCAGUGGAAGGAAAAGACAUCCGGUGAUGAGAAUUCACCUCCUAUCAAAAAGCUUCCUUUGUCUGCGAUUGUGAAAGAAGCGAAGGUUGUCAAAGUUGAACCUAGUAUAGGCGUAUUCAUGGACGUCGGUGUCCCCAGUGUACGAGGAUUUGCACAUAUUUCUAAGCUUACGGACGGUAAAGUUGAGACGCUCUCUGAGACCACUGGUUCAUUCAGGGUUGGAUCAAUCCAUCCUGCCCGUGUAAUUGGUUACAAUUCUAUGGAUGGGCUUUUUAUACUAUCUUUAGAGCCUAAGAUACUUAAGCAGCCGUUCUUGAGGCUUGAAGAUGUCAAAACAGGCCAGCUUGUCAAUGCCAAUGUGGAGAAGACUCUGAUUGGGGGCGAAGGGGUCACAGGCCUCAUACUGAAUCUCGCUGAGGGUGUGUCCGGACUGGUUUCAGAGAAUCAUUUUGCGGAUGUCAGGCUUCAGCACCCAGAAAAGAGAUUCACGGAAGGAAUCAAUGUUACCGCGAGAGUGCUAUCAGUGGAGCCAUCAAAGCGACAAGUCAGACUGACCUUGAAAAAGAGUCUCAUCAACAGUGAUAUUGAACCUUGGGUAGACUAUGGUAGCUUGGAACCCGGAAUGCAAUCACCUGGGACUCUGAUCAGCGUCUCACCAAAUGGUGCUGUAGUGUACUUCUAUGGCAGGGUCAAAGCGUUCCUUCCGAAGUCAGAAAUGAGCGAGACUUUCAUCCAAGAUCCCCAAGAGCACUUCCGCGUUGGCCAGGUGGUCAACGUGCGCGUCGUUACAGUCGAUGCUGAGAAGUUGCGUAUGAUAGUCUCCUGCAAAGAACCGUCGGCUUUUGGGACAACGCAACAGGAAGCUUUCACAGCUUUGCAAGUUGGCACUCUAGUAGAGGGUAUCGUGACUGAAAAGACUAACGACAAUCUCAUUCUCGAGCUGCAACCGAGUCAACUCAAAGGGAGACUCCCCGUCGAACAGCUCACAGAUGGCACGACGAAGAAGUCAAUAUCUACUCUUGAGCACGUGAGGGUGGGUCAGACGAUGAAAAGCUUGCUAGUAUUCAAUAAACAAGACAAGAACCACCUGGUUCAGCUUAGCAGUAAACCAAGCAUGAUCAAGGCAGCUGCGGCUGAAAAAGUGCCUCGAAACUUUGAAGAUGUGAAGAAGGGUACCGAAGUCACCGGCUACGUCAACAACAUUACAUCUACAAGUGUAUUUGUUCAAUUUUUGGGCAACUUAUCGGCACUGCUCCUGAAAAGGCACCUCUCUGACGAAGCAGCGCUUCUACCAGACUUUGGCAUGCGGCUUUAUCAACCAAUCACGGCCUUCGUUCUAUCGAUAGACUACUCCGAGCGAAAAUUUCUCCUUUCCAACCAACCGGUACCUGUAGAUGCAUCCGAAGAUUCAUCUUUGCUGCAUCCCAUUGAUGAAACAUUGACAAGCUUUGACGAACUGAAAGCCGGAAAGAUAACGAAAGCCAGAAUCAAUCAUGUCAAGGCUACACAGCUCAACGUCCAGCUUGCGGAUGGUGUUCAAGGUCGAGUUGGUAUUUCCUCAGCGUUUGACUCGUGGGAUGAUAUUAAGGACCCUAAAUCACCAUUGAGCCAAUUCAAGCCUAAAGAAGUCAUCCAAGUGCGUAUCUUGGGUAUGCACGAUGCCCGCAAUCACAAAUUCCUGCCAAUCACGCACCGUACAAAACAGCCUGUAUUUGAACUCACCAUGAAGCGGUCAGAUCUCGAGGCUCCCGAACUUGAUAUUCUUACAAUAGCCAAAAUUGAGAAAGGAUCGAAGUGGACGGUCUUCGUCAAUAAUGUUGAGUCAACCUCACUCUGGGUCAAUCUAUCGCCGAAUGUGCGAAGUCGAAUCAAAGCCUCAAAUUUGACUAAUGAUGUUGUCGCGCCUGACUUAGCGAAGGAUUUUCCCAUUGGAUCUGCGCUCCGGGUACGAGUGGUAAAGGUGAAUCCCGAGAGUGGUCAUAUAGACCUGUCGGCAAAAGGCCCACCUCCGAGACCAUCUGCUAAAUUCGAGGACUUAUCUCAAGGUCAAGUCCUUGCCGGGCGCAUCACGAAAAUAACAGACCGCCAGUUGAUGGUUCAGCUCGGAGAAGAUGCAUCAGGGGCGGUCCAUCUUGUUGACAUGGCUGAUGACUAUUCCAAGGCAAAUCCUCGGAACUUCCACAAGGAUCAAAUCAUUCAAGUUUGUAUCAAGGAAAUUGAUCUCCCAAACAAGCGAAUGUUGCUUUCCAGUCGACCAUCACAAACCCUGAGCUCAUCGCUUCCGGUAGAAGAUCCCGACAUUGAGUCUGCGUCACAGAUUCAGGUCAACGACAUUCGACGUGGUUUCAUCAAAUUCGUUGCAGAUGGUGGCAUACAUAUCUCGCUAUCUAGCAAAGUAAACGCUUUCGUGCGAGUGGCUGAUCUAACGGAUCUCUAUGUCAAGGAUUGGAAGUCUGGAUUUGAGAUCGACCAGCUAGUAAAAGGCAAAAUCCUUGCAGUAGAAGCUAGUGCCGGUCGUAUCAGUAUGAGUCUCAGACGGUCCCACAUCGACAAAGACUACAAACCGCCCAUGUUGUUUACGGACGUGGAGGUUGGGCAAAUUGUGACCGGCAAAGUCCGGAAGGUAAAGGAUUAUGGAGUCUUUGUAGUCUUCGAUGACUCUGCGAAUGUCAGUGGACUGUGUCAUAGAAGUGCGAUGAGCGAUAACAAGGACCUUAAUCCUCAGAAAGUUUACGAAGAGGGCGAUCCCGUCAAAGCAAAGGUCUUGAACCUAAAUCAAGAGAAGAGGCAGAUCUCUCUUGGGCUCAAGGCAUCCUACUUUGCGGACGUACCGAAUGGAGUAGCAGAUGAAAGGGUCAUGAUUGAUUCUAUGAAUGACGAUGACAAUGAUGAUGAUCAGUCAAUGAUUGAUGCUAAUGAAAGUGAAGAUAACGAAGCUGAGAAGCCUAGUAUGAACGGCGUUGCGCUUGAAGAGCAUGAAGACGAAGAAAGCGAUGAGGACUCCGCAGAAGUCGAGGGACAUGAUCUUGACAUAGCAUCCGACGAUGAAGGCGGAGGGAUCACGAAGGCAUCAUCCUUAGAUCGACCAUCCCUGUCGAAGGAGUUUAAAGGCCUCAGUGCUGGUGGCUUCGACUGGACGGGCGAUAGCGUUUUCGGGAGCACAAAUAUUCCAUCUCCAUCGGCAUCAGAAGAUGAGGCAACACUUCCUAGAAAAAAGCGGAAAAGACGCGCUGAAAUCAAAGUCGACCGAACAGGUGAUCUUGAUGUCAACGGUCCGCAAUCAGGCGCGGACUUUGAGCGGCUUCUCUUGAGCCAGCCGAAUUCGUCGGUCCUCUGGCUUGGCUAUAUGGCCUUCCAGCUGCAACUUGGUGAAGUUGAGACUGCUCGCGACUUAGCUGAACGUGCGCUCAAAACUAUCUACAUCCGAGAAGAAGGCGAGAAGUUUAACGUCUGGAUUGCAUUGCUCAACCUAGAAAACACAUACGGCAAUGAAGAGGCCCUUGAUGGAAUCUUCAAGCGUGCAUGCCAACAUAACGAUUCCCAAGAUAUCCAUGAACGCCUAGUCAGCAUUUACAUCCAAGCAAAUCAGAGCCAAAAAGCCGAUGACCUCUUCCAAGCAACCGUCAAGAAGUUCACGCAAUCCCCGGACCUCUACUUCAACUACGCUACCUUCCUUAUGACGACUCUCAACGAGCCGGACAGAGCUCGCGCAUUGCUUCCGAGAGCAAUGCAGGCUCUGCCACCUCACACCCACCUCAACUUGACCAGCAGAUUCGCGCAGCUAGAGUUCAAGUCCCCGAAUGGCGAGGCAGAGCGCGGUCGAACAAUCUUCGAGACUCUGGUAUCGCAGUGGCCGAAGCGGCUAGAUCUUUGGAACGUGCUAUUAGAUCUCGAGAUCAAUCAGGGCGAGAAAGAAAAGGCGAGGAAGCUCUUCGAGCGCGUGACUGGGUCGGGCAUGAAGCUGAAGGCUCGGAAGGCCAAAUUCUUCUUUAAGCGUUGGUUGGAGUUUGAGGAGAGGAGUGGAGACGAGAAGAGCCAAGCGAAGGUCAAGAGACUGGCAGCGGAAUAUGUGAGGGAGCAUGAGAAGACGGACGGAUGA